AUGCUCUCUGUGCUCCUAAACAUGAUCUGUACUGGCUUCUUCCUAGUCCUGAGGACAUUGGCACAUACAGGAUAUCAUGACAAGCCUUCACUCUCUGCCUGGCCAAGCCAUAUUGUUCCUUUGGGACAGCAUGUGGAACUUCGAUGUGACUCUCAUAGUAACUAUUACACAUUCAAGUUGUACAAAGAACUUGGUAAUCCUAUCCCUCAGAUCCAGGGAAGACCAUUCCAGAGGAAAUUUGUCUUUGAACCUGUGACAUCAGCACAUGCAGGGACAUACAGAUGCCAUGGUUUUAAUUAUCAUUACCCUAUUAAAAUUUCAGCCAACAGUGACCCUGUGAAGAUCAUAAUUUCAGGAAUCUACAGGAAGCCUUUCCUCUUGGCCUUACAACCUCCCCCGGUGAAUUUAGGAGAGAAGGUGACACUGGAGUGUCAUUCAGAGAUUAUGUUUGAAACCUUCAUUUUGAGUUCACAUAAAAAUGGAACAAUCAAAGACUCUUUUGAGCUUUCUGCAGAACAUCAUCAUGGGGGUUCCCAAGCCAUCUUCUCAAUAGGUCCUGUAACACCUGAUGAUGCUGGGACGUACACAUGCUAUGGUUCUUACAAUCACUCCCCAUAUGAGUGGUCUGAGUCCAGUGACCCCAUUGACAUAAAGAUCACAGGUUUAUACAAGAAACCUUCUAUGUCAGCCCUGAUGGGCCCUGUGGUGAUGUCAGGAGAGAUCAUGACCUUGUCCUGUGUAUCUGACCUUCAGUUUGACAUGUUCCAUCUGUCCAGGGAAGGGGUACCCAAGGGACAUGGGAUGCCUUCAAUCCUGAACCACAAUGGAACAUUCCAGGCCAACUUCCAUCUUGGUCCUGUGGUCCAGGCAGGGUACUAUAGAUGCUAUGGCUCUUUUAGGAACUCUUCCCAUGUGUGGUCCACUCCAAGUGAUGCCUUGUACCUUCCUGUCACAGCUCUUCCUCCAGAUAACCUCAUGUACUUGCAUAUUGUGAUUGGGCUAUCAGUGACCAUAAUCCUUGUCUUCCUCAUCAUCCUCCUUUAUUCUUGUUGCUCUACCAAAAAGAGUAAGUCUCAGGAACAAGCCAGUGAAUGUCAUCUGAGUAGUGUGAGAAAACAAGACCAGAGAAGUAGAGCCAUCAUGGACCAAGACUCUGAAGUGAGAGCAACACUGAACAGACAGAAUCCUGAAAGAGAAGAAGUGCAGGAGGUGACAUACUUAGAAUUUGAUCAGAUGAUCUUCAAACAAAAAUUGACCACUCCCGAUUCCCAGAUUCCCAAGGAAUUUUCCACAGAUCCCAGUUUGUACAUGGAAGUCAGGAAAUGUUAA